AUGUAUAGUAGUAGCGUAUGGUUGGUUGGUUGGUUGGGCGUGCGAGCGGGCGGCGCGGCGGCGUUAGGUGCGCACCGUGAUCUCAGCCGCCGCCGCGCGAGUGAUAUGGUAGUUGUUAGCGAGAGUAAGGGUGAGGGCGCGGGGCCGGCGCGGGCGGCGCCCUCGGGCGCGGGCGCUCCGACCCCGCUCCGAAAUAUGCUGAAAAGAUCUCAGACAGUAAAAGAAAUUGUAGAAAUUAUUAAAAAAUACAUAGUUUCAAUAAUGGAAAAGCUUGUUUUUGUCAACUCCUUGCCCGAUGAUAUCACGUUAUUUGCA